AUGAGGCGCGUGCGUGGUAUUCCAUACAUCGAUAGAAUUUUCAUAGGAGGUGAUUUUAAUGGCCAUAUUGGGGAGUCGGCUAGGGGUUAUGAUGAUGUGCAUGACGGGUUCUAUUUUGGGGUUAGGAUCGAAGGUGGUACUUCGUUGCUGGAUUUCGCUAGUGCCUUUGAUUUGGUGCUGUCUAACUCGUGUUUUCAGAAGAGGGAGGACCACUUGGUCACGUUCCGGAGUGCGGAGGCCAAGACUCAGAUUGAUUACUUACUCUACAGGAAGAGGGAUAGAGGCUUAUGCACUGAUUGCAAGGUUAUUCCGAGUGAGUGGCUUUGGACCCAACAUAGUCUCUUGGUUAUGGACUUGGAGAUUAAGAGGGAGAAGAAGAAAAGAGGGUGUUUGGUCAACCUAAGAUCAAGUGGGGAGCCUUGA